GGGAAACCUAGGACUGCUAUUCAUGUUGCUGUUUUUUAUAUAUGCUGCUCUUGGAGUAGAGCUAUUUGGAGAGCUUGUGUGCAAUGCUGACUACCCUUGUGAGGGAAUGAGCCGCCAUGCUACAUUUGAAAACUUUGGAAUGGCCUUUCUUACUCUCUUCCAAGUAUCAACAGGUGACAACUGGAAUGGCAUCAUGAAGGAUACUCUGAGGGAAUGCCCACCAGAACAUCCUGGCACAGACUAUGGCUGCCAUGCUGGACUGCAGUUCAUCUCUCCAUUGUACUUUGUGUCAUUCGUGCUCACAGCUCAGUUUGUCCUGAUAAAUGUGGUUGUUGCUGUGCUUAUGAAACACCUGGAUGACUCUAACAAGGAAGCGCAGGAAGAUGCAGAGAUGGAUGCAGAAAUUGAACUAGAGCUGGCUCAAGGGGGCCUCUGCUGCAUGAUGGGUGGAAUCGGAGCCAUUGCCGGAGCUACAGGUGGGGCUGCAGCUGGGACAGGCAUUAGCGGAGCUUCAACUGGGACUGUUACAGGAGGACCAGUCGGUUGUACAAGUAGUGCAGUAAUUGCUCCACUGCGAGAUGGAGGAGGAGGUUGCUCAAUUAAUGAUGGCCACAUUCAUCCUCGAUGUCGGCUCUACUCUCCUUCACAAGAGAGCCAGUGGCUGGACAGUGUGUCCCUGCUGAUUAAGGACUCAUUGGAAGGAGACAUGAUUGACAACCUCUCUGGGUCAGUUUUCCACCACUACUGCUCUUCCCCUGUCUGCAAGGACUGCAAAAGUCACCCACAGGAGAUCCGAUUGGCAGAGGUGGAAGCGGCAUCACUGAUGUCAGAACAGCUGUCAGACAAAUCCUCAUCUCCAGUGUUACCUGAUGACCUUAGCCUGGAUGAACACAGCAGCUACCAGCUGCUUGUCACAGAGAGUCAG